UUACCUGUGCGGCCGUGUCCUGACGGCUGCUGUGGCGGAGACUGAGCGGAGUCCGCCGAGCCGCUCCCGGGGGAAACUUUCCGCCGCCGUGGCAGGCUCUACAAAGAGUAGAGGAGCUGGUACCUUGACUCGUUAUGAUAGAAGAUGUCAGAAUUUCACCCUGGUUGAAGACUGUCUAGAGGAGCUGACUGUGGUUUCAGAUUGAUGACCUAGGGAUAUGAACUUGCAGCUCCUUCCUCCUGGGUCUUUGCAACAGUACCUGCAGUGGUAGUAUGCUCUUGAGUUCCAGGAGAAUUGCUUGUGUACAAAUGAUGGCAAUGGAUGAACAUGCCCUGUGGUGUAUCAGGAGCCCUCCUUAAGAAGGUCAAAGUCUCCUUCAGAGUCCUGUGGAUACCGAAGCUCAAAAAGGGAUAUUGAUCUCUUCAUGAUGCUUGGACACCUUUCACUACCAACAGGAUUUUCAAAGGAAAUUCAGCAUGGCCUAGUGGAUUGACCUUUGGAAACUUUAUAAUGUCCUCUGGAACUAGUAUCAGAAAAAAUCAGCAGGGUCUGAGCCUGCAGGGGGUUGACCCAGAAACCUGUAUGAUAGUGUUUACAACACACUGGGCACAGGUUCUAAAAAUCUUAGAGAAACAUGAUCCUUUGAAAAAUACUCAGGCCAAGUAUGGUGCAGUUUCACCUGAUGAAGCCAGCACUGUUCAGAAUUACGUGGAGCACAUGCUUUUCUUACUCAUUGAGGAGCAAGCAAAGGAUGCUUCCAUGGGACCCAUUCUAGAGUUUGUGGUCUCAGAAAACAUAAUGGAGAAGCUUUUUCUUUGGAGCCUGCGGCGAGAGUUCACUGAUGAGACAAAAAUUGAGCAACUCAAAAUGUAUGAAAUGCUGGUAACCCAGUCUCAUCAGCCUUUGCUACAUCACAAGCCCAUCUUGAAGCCUUUGAUGAUGUUGCUGAGUUCCUGCUCAGGAACAGCUACUCCAACAGUGGAAACAGAGCUAGUUGUCCUCCUGAAUCAGCUCUGUUCUAUAAUAGCCAAAGAUCCUUCCAUUCUAGAACUGUUUUUCCACACCAGUGAGGACCAAGGAGCUGCCAAUUUCCUCAUAUUUUCCCUUCUGAUUCCCUUCAUUCAUCGAGAAGGAAGAGUAGGCCAACAGGCUCGUGACGCACUGCUCUUCAUUAUGUCCCUGUCAGCAGAAAACAACGUUGUUGCAAACCACAUAGCAGAAAACACUUAUUUUUGCCCAGUGCUGGCAACAGGGCUAAGUGGCCUCUAUUCAUCUUUGCCUACCAAGUUGGAAGAAAAAGGAGAAGAGUGGCACUGCCUGCUGAAAGAUGACUGGCUCUUGUCACCUGCCCUUGUGCAAUUCAUGAAUUCUCUUGAAUUUUGCAAUGCUGUGAUACAGGUGGCGCAUCCCUUGAUACGUAACCAGCUGGUGAAUUACAUUUAUAAUGGAUUUUUAGUGCCAGUAAUGGCUCCUGCACUCCAUAAGGUGACGGUGGAAGAAGUGAUGGCCACUACUGCGUAUCUGGAUCUCUUUCUGCGUAGCGUUUCAGAGCCAGCCCUCCUUAAGAUUUUCCUCCGUUUUAUUCUGCUGCACCGACAUGAGAACGUGCACAUCCUAGAUACACUUACUAGCCGCAUCAACACGCCAUUCCGGCUCUGUGUGGUCUCCUUAGCAUUGUUCAGAACGCUCAUUGGCUUGCACUGUGAAGAUGUGAUGUUGCAGCUAGUUUUAAGGUAUCUGAUCCCAUGUAACCACAUGAUGUUGAGCCAGCGAAGGGCUGUGAAAGAGAGAGAUUGUUACUCCGUAUCUGCUGCAAAACUGCUUGCCCUGACACCGGUCUGCUGCUCCACUGGGAUCACCUUGGCUCUAGAAAGCCAAGGAAAAGAUUAUAUUCUCUGGACAAAAGCAGCUCAAACUAAAGGUUCUGUUAGAGGCAUUUCUGAAUCCGCCUGCAUCGUGGAAUUUGGAAGAGCUGUGGAUAUCAGCUACCUGCAGUACCUGGGAGAAGCUCAAGAAGCCAUCCUCCAGUGUCUGAAAGAUUGUAAGGUCUGGUCUGCUUUAUACGAUGGAGUAAAUCCUGAUCCCGAGACCUUUAUCCAAGCGCUUGCUGAGGAGAACAGUACAGAUGUGGAACACCCCAUGUUUCGUCUCCAGCAAAGGACACCCAGCUUGUGUAGCUCCUCUCAAACAGCACCAGCGGGCGAGAAGACGCAGUUGGAGCUGGAAUGGGAUGAUAGCUACGACACAGGGAUUUCUCCUGGCUCUGAUGUGAGCUCGCUCCAGCAGUAUGAUGAUCUGGGAAAUACAGAGACGCAGAUGCCCGCAGUGCCACCGAAACAUAUUCAGGAGAUGAAAAAAAAUGCUAUCAUGCUUGUCAAAGGUUCUUACAUAGAGGAUUCAGACUUUCAGGAUGAUGUUAUGGUUUACAGAUUAUGUGCCCAGAAGGAUAUACAGGAUGAUGACAGCUCCAAGGAGAAAACUUCAAAUGCGUCCAGAGAACAUCAGGUCCAAAGCCAGACUGUUGUCAAUGGGCCUCUCUCUAACAGCCAGCUGGAAGUGGGCGUGGAUGAGCAGAGUGAAAAAAAAUCAAGCUUGUCUCAAAGUGUAAUGAAAGAACAAAUAAACCAGAAAGUGGUGGAGACUGAUCCACAGCCUGACUUAGACUUGAAGCUUCAGGAGGCAGAUAAUUGCUUAAGCUCACAAAUGCUGAGCACAGAUGGUGAGGAUUUCAUUGCACAGUAUGACAAAAUAAUUAAGGAACUGGAUCCAAACAAUGCAAGCAUGGAGGAGCAAAAGGUAGACACUCCUGACCCCGUGUCUCCUGCAGAAGAGGAGGAGGACUUUGAGAAUUUCUCAGCAGAUACCCCUUCUGCAGAGAGCGCAUCAUCUCCCUUUGGACCUAAGGAGGAUGCAUCUCCCAAGCGUGCUAUGAGGAGUCAGAGUGCUCCAUUCACAGGACCAUUUAUCAGCGUGGUGUUGUCCAAGCUGGAGAACAUGCUGGAGAACUCCUUGCAUGUGAAUUUGCUGCUUAUUGGGAUUAUUACUCAGCUAGCAAGUUACCCCCAGCCUCUUCUUCGCUCCUUUCUGCUCAACACCAACAUGGUGUUUCAGCCCAGCGUACGGUCACUUUAUCAGGUGCUGGCAUCUGUGAAAAAUAAAAUUGAACAUUUCGCUUCUAUGGAAAAAGACUUCCCACAUCUUCUCCUGGAGGCCCAACAGUACUUAGUUUUUCGUGUGGACAUGUCUGAUGCCGCUGAAGAACUGCUAACCAAAGGUAACGUCCUGCAUGGCAGCAGCGUGGGGAGAGGAAGGAGCCUCUCAGAAGCCCCCCCAGCCAUGCUCCAGCCUUUCCUGGGACACAAGGGAAAGAGGAGCCUGGCUCACCCCAGCCUUCCCGUGCACGUGAGGAAUGCUGUGCUCGCAGCUGCCCUUUUCCCAGAGUUCCUGAAGGAGCUGGCAGCUCUUGCACAGGAACACUCCAUUUUAUAUUACAAAGUACCGGGGGACUUUGAGGAUUAUUAUUAGUGGGUUUUUCUAAAGUAGGUUGGUUUUAUUUUUUUGAAGAAAAAAAAACUGUCAGAGUUUGAACUGAUUAUUUUUUACUAGUGGAAAGCUGCUUACGAAAGAAAGUUCUACUUCACUAUUUCCUGAAAAUACUUGAUUUGAGAGGGAAGGAAGAGGCAGGAUGCUAUUCCACAUUAGUUUAUAUUGGGCCUUACAACUUUCCUCUGUGCUACAUGACUUAUUUGAGAGAUUUCUUACAUUGCUGUUAGAGCAGCUCCCUGAGCUCACCUCCUUGUUACACAGGUGCCCCUCUUUACUGCCACUGUCUCCUGUUGAAUUUUCAGGCACUUAAAUAAGGUGGACUAAGAGGGGGCAAAUUUUCCAGCUUUUUUUACUUCAGAAAUACUCCUCUCAAAAGCCUGUUGUUAGAGCACAGUUGGUCUGGAAAAGCACUGCCGCAAGGAGAAAGUUUGGGGAAAAGAAACGCGUGCAAAACGUGCACAAAACCCUUUUCUGUGAAGGGCUGUGCUUCUCCGUGGCUUUGUCCUCCUCCCUGCUCCCCUUCCCUGGGACGGGGUUCAUGCCAGCACACCACUGAGAAGCCCUCCUUAGCCAGUAGCUCAGGUUUGUGAAUUCAAGUGAUCUUAUGUGUGUUAAACCCAUGACUAGCUGCAAGCAGGUGCUGGGCUCUACACAUACCGCAUUGCCUUAUGUUGCAGACAGAUCUGCGGCUAUCAGCUGUUGGUCUUUGAAGUCAGAUGAACUGUGUAAGUGGAUGUGGACUGCAGACUGCCUGGAAUUUUCCUUGCAGUUUCUCAGCGUUCUUUAAUAUCUACUGCGCUGCUACCUAAACUCUCAAGCAUGCCUUAUUUAGUAAGAUUUGCACAAAGUACAAAACAAAGUGUGUCUAUGCAAAUGGUAAUUAAUUUGUUCUUUGUUUUUAUGCUUAUUUUAAUAAGCUAAGGAACGGCAUUCAGUUUCUUUCAGUAGUAUUAAAAGGACAGCAGGCUGUUUUUGUCAAUCAUUUCUUCCCCCCAUAUUUUAAUGGAAAACGUUUGCACUCUCCUGAAAGCUGUUCUCUCUUAUUGCUCUUUUGUGGGGGGGUUAUGGGGAAAAGUUGAAUACUGUUUGUUUACUUUUCAUUUAGGGGUUGACUUUUCCUAGUAUUGCACUUUUGGGAUGGUGAGGGGAGGAGCGGGCUAUUCACCAGCUGCAGAAAAGGAAGCAGCAAUAGGGAGAGCUGUCUGCUAGUGACUAACUGCUUGAGAAAAUUCUCGUCUGUGAGUAAUGGGCUUCAUUAGAAGAACCCAAGCAUGAUGAAUUGGCGCAUCACUACUGCAUUUCGUCUUAUCUUAGUAGCAUAAUUGUGCUUCCAGGGUGCUGUGGUUGGCUCCAUAAAGAGGAGUUUCAUUCAAGAAAGCCUUACAUCCACUUCUUCCAGGAAAUAAACUUAACAGCCACUCCAGGAAAUUUAAAGAAAUGGAAAUAAAAAAUAACAUUUGUGUGAAUAAA